AUGUCUUCUCUUUCUUUCACCACUCAGUACGAGGACUCCCAGGUCCUCGACAUUGGUGGCAGCCACAUCGACCUGACCUUCGUUGUCGACCAGCUUCCCAAGGCCUUUCUUGGUAAGGGUGAUUUCCCCAAGGAAGUUGCCUACACCACUGGUAUGGACAAGUGGAACGCCAUUGCUGACAAGUCUUACCAGACAACCGACGAGAUGUCCAUUAUCGAGGCCACUGCCGCCAAGGUCGUCAAUGAGCUUGAGUCUGGAACUCACAUCAUUGACCUUGGUGCCGCCAACAGCAAGAAGUUCGAGCCCUAUGUCCGAGAGUUCAUCGCUCAAGGUAAGGAAUGCGUCUACGUCGCUCUCGACCUCUCUCGUGACUCUCUGGUAGAGCACAUCGCCAAGGCCAAGGCUACCUUUCCCAGUGUCAAGUGUGUUGGGCUCUGGGGUAGCUUCGAGCAGGGAGAUGUCUACUUCAAGCAGACUCGCCCCAUUGCUCGUCUUUUCCUCUCUCUCGGUAGUAUUUUCUACAAUGCUCCCGAUGGAAUGGCAGAGGACCGCUGCAUCGAGUUCAAGAACCACCUCACUGCCAAUGAUCGUCUGAUUGUUGGCCAGGACAGUCUCACCAGUGCUGAUAUCAGCAACUCUCACGCUGCUUACCAGACUGAGGAGUACGAUGCUUUCUUCACCAACUACCUGCAGGGUCUCCAGGACCAUGCUGGUAUCAUGGGAGCUGACCCCAAACGAGCUUGGACUGUUGAGAGCAAGAUGUCCCAGGCCAUGCACUACUUCGAUGUCACCGCCAACCAGGACAUGUUCUGUGAGGCCUUCGACAUCGAGGUUCCUGCUGGAACCGUCUACCAGAUGUUCAAGUCUUGGAAGCGCCACCCAGCUGAGAUUCAUGUGUUGACUAACCGGGUCGGUCUCACGAUCAAGACUCUUGGCAAGGCCGAGAAUUCUGGUAUGCGCCAGUACAUCAUCAAGGCUUAA